AUGAAGAUUGCAACAGAUCAGACAGUAUUGUCUUCUGCUACGAUGGUGUCCCAGCAACAGUCCCUGGAGCUUGAGAGACCAGAGGAACGAGUCCCUACACAAAGAACCAAGGAGAGUGAGAUCUCUGGCUUCUCGCAGGUUGAACGCAUGAAGCAAGCACGCGACGGAGCCAGCUUUGAUUCCCACAAGCUUGCAGCCAUCAUCUACGGCAGCAAGGAAGAGCUCGAAACUACACUGGCUGCCUUUGCUCGGGUUGAGAAAACUCUGGGCCACACGGACAACUUCAAGCUUCCUGCAGCAUAUAUGGAUGAGACGCGUCAAAGUGUCUUUCUUGAGGGGCUUCGUUGUGGCAAGGCUACUUUUCAAGAUGAUUUACCCGACAGCAAAGUCUUCCAUGAGAAAACCCACUUGUUCCGCAUAGCCAACAGCAAUCCUUUUGGUCUUACAAAUGGCCUUUUUACACCAUAUCUCAAGCUAGUUGGUACUGAGGAGCAAGUCAAACACUGGCUGCCACUUGCGGAGGAGGGAAUAAUCAUUGGUUCAUAUGCGCAGACUGAAGUUGGACAUGGUACAUACGUUGCAGGUAUCGAGACGACAGCAACUUUCGACGAGGAGGCUGAUGAGUUCAUCAUCAACACACCGCGGGAAAGUGCGACAAAGUAUUGGCCUGGAGCACUGGGCUUCACUGCGAGCCACACAAUCUUGUUGGCCCGUAUGAUUAUCUAUGGCAAGGACUAUGGUGUUCACCCUUUCGUGCUGCAGCUGAGAGACCUGAAAACUUUCGAGCCCUUGGAAGGCAUCGAAAUGGGCGAUAUUGGUACGAAGAUGUCGUUUAACGGUACUGAUAAUGGCUAUGCCGCUUUCAAGAACGUGCGAAUCCCACGUAAUUAUCUUAUGAUGAAGCAUGCAAGUGUUUCAAGAGAAGGAAAGUAUACUCCUGUGCCACUUCGUCAAAAGCUUCUGUACGGUGGCAUGAUGAACGGACGCCGGAUUAUCAUUGGUCAUGCUGCCUUCCAAUUAGCACAGGUAGCCAAGCCGCCGAACUUCGCAGAGACAGCCAUCAUCCGCUACACUCACCAGCAACAGCGCCUUGUAACACUUAUUUCCAUGUCAUAUGUCACGAUAUUCGCCUGGGCGUCCCUCAAUGGUGUAUACUCAGGUCUGCAGGCUCUACAAGCAGCAGGUAACCAUACCACUUUGCCGUACACUCACAUGCUGCUAUGUGGUCUCAAAGCCUGGGCUAGUCAGACUGCUGCAGAUGGCGCUGAGGAGGCUCGUAGGUUGUGCGGAGGUCAUGGAUACCUGAUCAUCUCAGGCUUGCCAGAUAUCGUCAAUAGCGUCCGCGCAACUCCUACCUUCGAAGGCGAAAACUACGUAAUGUGGGGACAAGUCGCUCACUACAUGAUGAAGGGACUUGAUGCCGAAACUUUGCCCCCUGAUCUUGUUUACCUCGAGACAUACUCUGCGGACUCGAAAAGCUCCUGCAAGCCCGUGGGAACAGAUUUCCGCGACAGUCAUGUACUACUGGAUAUCUUUCGCCGACGUGCUGCGAAGUGCAUUAUCGAAGCCCAUGAUCUUGUUGUCAGCGCUCAGAAAGGACAUGGUCUGAGUCGUGAGGAAUCGGAGGACAAGCAUGCAUUGAAAUUGAUUCUCGCGGGACGGGCUCACAUCGAAGUCUACAUAUUGGAGGCUAAUAUCAAACACCUGGCAUCGCUGCCCGCGGAUACCGACGAGAGCAUCAGAGUCGUUCUCACUCGUCUCAUCUCACUGUUCGGACUCAGCACUAUCUCUUCCCCAUUCGUUCCAUUUACGGCUUCGUUCCUGGGUAAUGGAUAUCUGUCUGCAGCACAGAUCCGUGAGAUAGAUGACCAAGCCGAUCAGCUAAUCCAGGAGCUAUUGCCCGAUAUAGUUGCUCUGACAGAUGCUUUCUCUUUCACUGAUGCGUGCUUGCAAUCUGCAUUGGGCUGCAAGGAUGGCGAUGUGUACCGUCGAAUCAUGGCUUGGACCCGUCAGCUUCCGAUCAAUGUCGAGGCGAACAACAACGGUGGUGUUUUCAAGGCUGGUUGGGAGCAGUACAUUGAGCCUUUCUUGCGCGAGAGCCGUGAGCGUCGCUUCAAAUCUCGGUUGUAG